AUGCAUGUGAAUGCAGGUAAAUCUGGGUCCAAAAUCCAGAGCACCCCAACAAAGGCUGGGGGGGAUCGCUACAUUCCCAACCGCAGCACUAUGCACAUGGAGAUGGCCAAUUUCCUCCUAACCAAAGAGAAUGACCCUGCUGAGGAGUCCCCUACCAAGAAGGAGCAACAGAAAGCCUGGGCAGUGAAUCUGAAUGGCUUUGAUAUAGAAGAGGCAAAGAUCCUCCGCCUCAGUGGAAAGCCACAGAAUGCUCCGGAAGGCUAUCAGAAUAACCUGAAAGUGCUCUACAGUCAGAAAGCGACACCUGGAUCCGGCAGGAAGAAUGGCAGAUACAUUCCCUCAAUGCCAGACCGGAUCCUGGACGCGCCAGAGAUCCGCAAUGACUAUUAUCUGAAUCUCAUUGACUGGAGCUCUCAGAACUUCCUGGCAGUGGCUCUGGACAACUCUGUCUAUCUGUGGAAUCACACUUCUGGGGAGAUUAUCCAGCUGCUGCAGAUGGAGCAUCCAGAUGAUUAUGUUUCCUCUGUGUCAUGGAUUAAAGAAGGAAAUUACCUUGCUGUUGGCACAAGUAAUGCUGAGGUCCAGCUAUGGGACAUACAGCAGCAGAAACGUCUCCGAAAUAUGACCAGCCAUUCUUCCCGUGUGGGGUCCCUCAGCUGGAACAGCUACAUCCUCUCCAGUGGGGCACGGACUGGCCACAUCCACCACCACGAUGUCAGAGUGGCUGAGCAUCACGUGGCCACACUUGCUGGCCACACGCAGGAGGUGUGUGGGCUCAAGUGGUCUCUGGAUGGCCGCUACCUAGCCAGUGGUGGCAAUGACAACCUGGUGAACAUCUGGCCAUGUACCCAGGGGGACAGUGGAGACUUUGCUCCUGUACAGACCUUCACACAGCACCAGGGUGCUGUCAAGGCUGUGGCAUGGUGUCCAUGGCAGUCAAAUGUUCUAGCCACUGGAGGUGGGACUAGUGACAGACAUAUCCGCAUCUGGAAUGUGUGUUCUGGCACCUGCCUCAGUGCUGUUGAUGCACAUUCCCAGGUCUGUUCUAUCCUGUGGUCAACAAACUACAAGGAAUUCAUUUCGGGCCAUGGCUUUGCACAGAAUCAGCUGGUUGUAUGGAAGUAUCCAACAAUGGCCAAGGUCACUGAGCUGCGAGGUCACACUGCCAGAGUCUUGAACCUGACUAUGAGCCCUGAUGGUGCAACAGUGGCCUCGGCAGCUGCUGAUGAAACGCUGCGGCUCUGGCGCUGUUUUGAGAUGGACCCCAUAAAGAAGAAGGAAAAAGAGAAAGCAAACAGUGCCAAAAGCAGCAUCAUUCACCAGGGCAUCCGAUGA